AUGACGACUACAAACCCACCUGGAGGCGACCCUCCAAGCCCGACCAGAUCGACCCAAGACCACAGUGUCUUGAUGCAAAUCGAUCUGGGCCCCACGGAGAUUGCGACAGGCUCGCGGGCCGAUGAAGACACGGACGGGUACAGCGACUUUGGGGAAGAUCCUGAAGUGCUCGAGAUAAUCGACCAACUCCUCCUCGAGGCUGCGGGCAAAUCGAGGCAGGAGCAGAAAAGCGCGCCCCUGGUCGUGACGGACAUUGAAGACUAUGAAGCACCUCGAGGUGUUCGUCUGCCUGAGGUGCUUGGUCUCGAAGCAACGCGUGAGUGGGAGCUCCAGACUCGGCCUGUUGAGAGUCAUCUCCUCCAGACUGUAUUCGACCAAAGUCCUUCACAGAGACCAUCUUCUGCCAAUAAAGAGGAUGUAGAGACGAGAAGAGAGACAUCUGCGCAACCUGCGCCAGCCAAACAGGAUGCUCAGCAGGAGCAGCAACCCUCCGGGUCGGACACUCGAUCUCCCCUCGAACGGUUUCGUAAACCUCCCAUGAAAGCCCUAUCCGUCACCGAUCUGAUAUCUCCAGCAUGGUGUGAGCUACAAUAUUACUAUGUCUUGACCAAACAUGGCCGCAAAAGGCGGACUCCAGCAAUGAAACAGGGCACUGCGGUCCAUCAGGCACUGGAAGAUGAGAUACACGUCACUGUCCCCGUGGAGAUUACCAAGAAAGAAGAUAGCUGGGGUCUUCGAAUAUGGAAUAUCGUCCAGGGAUUGAGAACGCUCAGAGAAAAGGGGAGGACGAGAGAGCUGGAGAUCUGGGGCUUAGUUGGCGGAGAGAUCGUCAACGGAGUCAUUGAUGAGUUGAGCUACGAAUGUCCGGACCCAAAGCUCGAGGAGAUGAGUCGGAGUCUGCAGGAGGAGAAGGACGUUGAGCCAUCACUGCCAGAAUACCAAGCCAGUAUCAGGGACUAUCUUGUGACGAAUGAGACUCGGGAUCAAGGUCAGUCGCUGUCGGAGGCUCUGAAGAAUGGCAGUGGCGAUACCAGCAAAGAGGCCGGUAACAGACCCACGACACAGAGGACGAGGAAGUCAGACCGAGACAAUGAGAGGAGAAUCUACAUCACCGAUGUCAAGACACGAGGCACUCCCACUCUACCUACUGGAUCAGCCAUCCGUCCAACCCUUAUUCAACUCCACCUUUACCACCAUAUGCUGGAAAACAUGGCUCAGGGACAAUUCCCCCUCUCCACCCUGGCAGAGAGAUAUAAGUUCGAAAUCCAUGACACAUUCUCUGACGCCUUUAUCGCGCAAAUUGGCGGGCUGAACCAAGAGGUGUUCGAAUUAUCCCAACAGAGCAAGGAUGUCGGGCAGGAACUGCCGUCGUCGACGCAGGAUUCCAUGGAUGUUCUGCUUCAGCACAACACCUUGGCUAGCUUGUGGGAUUUCAUGAUGGAGCAGUUUCGACUGACGUUCAACGUUCCUUCGAAUCCGACCUCGACACCUGCUUCAUGCUUCAGUAACUCCUUCGAUCAAAGCCAGGACCCCAACGUUCCACCGCCCUCCUCGCUCUCUGGUCUCCCGACACCGCCGUCUCAACCAACACGACUCUCCCCGAUCCUCACCGCGCGUUACCUCUCCACCAACUACAAGCACCGCAGCAACGCAAAUGGCGCCGCUGAAGCUCAAUCACACAUCAUAGGAAGCAAAUCCGUCCUCUUCAACCCCUCUUUCUUCACCUCUUCUCUUUACUCCGCUUUGGCUUUCUGGAAGCGCGAACGGGAGCCGCGUGGCGUGGAGGUGGUUGAUGCGUGGAAGUGUCGUAUUUGCGACUUUCGGAACGACUGCGUCUGGAUCAAGGAGCGGGACGAGAACAUGGUCAGGGAGGCGAGAGAACGAACGAGGCUGAAGGAGGAGCUCGCGAGGGGAGAAGGACGCAGAAGAAGUUGGGUCUGA